AUGGCGGACGCCUGUGCCAAAGAAUGGAAGAGCAUAUUCCAGAAAUCCCUAGGCAAACUAUCAAGUAAAUGUUAUAGAUCUUUUCUCCUGGAUAUCGUAGCCAUAUUUCUUGGCCUCAAGCCAUCAUUACUCUUUGAUUAUGCGGCCGUUGAAUGGAAAAAUGCGAUCAGGUUAAUAGCGGGACUCGCAACGAAAACUUCAAGCUUUACUGACUUUUCGCCGCUCUUGUACGUUUUGAAAGUCGAUGAGGAUAUAUUUUAUGCUGAUUUGAGACUCUUAGUCAAAAGAUUAAGGGAAAGUGUCGACAUGGAGGAGUUUACUCUGAUCGAUAUCUCUGGGAAACUUCAUGAACCACGUAUUUUGGAAAAAGAUUUAGCGGACAGUGUUAAACGACAGUUUCACAGAAUAGUAGAAGACUUAGAAGAGAACUACAAAGAGUUUACGCAGAGGGGUGAACUUGUAGUUCCAGAUUCACGAGUUAUAAACCUAAGCAAUUACGGUGACGAUAACUGGUGCGUACCAAGCAUAUUUGGUUUUCUUCUUGGGUAUCCUGUGAUCUACUGGUGCGAUCGAGCUGGCGACCUUUAUAACUGUCUUAGUAUGGUACCCCUUAAUCGGUACACGCUGACAUUUAAGGCAGCACCUUCUGCCCUCCAUGCUCGAUUACCUGCGAGUUAUUACAAUCUUGUUGAAGCUGGGUGUAAAGAGAAGGACGGCUUUAAUCACACUUUAUUUUCAUUCACGGCUCCAGUGGCACUUGAAUGCUAUUACAAGUCCAAAGUUAGCAAUUGGUUCAAAACAAUAUGUGAAGUAGGCGAGACUUUUGGAAUUACAGAGCAUUUGACAAUCCAGAAAACAACUGUGACUUUCAGUCAGGUUACUUUAUAG